AUGGCCAAACCAGUCCCUCCAGCUUAUUUGCGAACGAAGUUGAUACCUCAUGCGCAACAGGUCUGCCAGUUAUACAAGGCCGCGCUGUACAAUAUAAAAGCUCAAAAACUCGACUCGUAAAUAUAUUAGUGCAGUUUACAAACUGCCUGAAGUUUAGAGUUUCGUUACGAGGCUGUUCUUUUGCGGGCUCGUUUCGAGGAGAACAGAAACAUAAAAGAUGCAGUACAAGCCAAGAAGUUGCUCGAAGAGGGUUGGGCAGAGCUUAAAAAGAAGAAGUUCGCGUUCCCAUACCUCUGUUAGCUUCAUAAUUUGCCAUUUACGCUUGACUUAGAUCCUACUUCUCCGGGCGGUGUGGCCUACGAGAGAUAUGAUUACAAAAUGCCGGACUAUGUUUGUACAAUUUUUCAAACGAACUCUUUAGUUGUUGGACAACUGGCACCCCCUUGA